GGAUCUUGACGAAUCCAACGAAAAUUACCGGGAUGACGACGAUGACGGACGAACGCCUUUCAAGUUUAUCCAUAUAGAUUCAUGGGUUCUUCUCCGUUACCGGAAUAAGAAGAAAAUAGAUAUGGUCAAUAAUAUACAUAUUUUAGUUUUUAUUUUCCAUUGUUAAGUGUCCUACCAUCGAAAUGUUAUCAUCAGGAUGUCUACUUUAUUACGGAGUAUUGCUGAUUGUACUCAUAAUAAUUUUGUUUUUUAUAAUAAUAUAUGUGACAAGCGAACGGUAUCCCAAAAUCUUGAGGGAUAAAAGCGAAAAGUUUUUUUUCAACUGUCAGACGAAGACCAAGGAAGCAUUCCCUUCGUUAUAUGAUCCAUGGAGCGUACAACUCAGUGUCAUUAUACCAGCUUAUAAUGAAGAAGAAAGAUUGCCUCCCAUGUUGGACGAAUGUCUAGAGUAUCUAGAGGAUCAUAGGAAGUCUGGAUUAACUUAUGAAGUGAUAGUAGUCAGUGAUGGUAGUACAGAUAAGACUGUCGAUGUAGCUCAUCGUUAUGCAUUAAAAUAUAACACUCUAAAAGUAUUAAACCUUGUAAAAAAUAGAGGAAAAGGUGGAGCUGUAAGAUUGGGCAUGCUGAGUGCAAGAGGCAGUGCUUUAUUGUUUGCGGAUGCGGAUGGUGCUACCAAGUUUAACGAUUUAAAGAAGUUAGAUGAGAGUCUGAUAAAUGUUUUAGGAUGUAAGUUGAAAAAGAAAUUAAAAUUCUGUUUUGAUAGAGCUGUUGAUUAUAUUGCUAAUGUUAUUAAUUUUAACAAAUUUGUUUCAGUUGAUUAUAUAAACAAACCUGAGAAAACGGCAUCAUCCGAUGCAGUAAUAUGUGGAUCGAGAGCACAUUUAGAAAAGGAAGAGACUGCUAAACGAUCCUACUUCCGACUAUUUCUUAUGCAUGGUUUUCAUUUUUUAGUCUGGCUGUUGUGUGUCAGGGGCAUUAGGGAUACACAGUGCGGAUUCAAGCUUUUAACGAGAAAAUCAGCCAGGACUAUAUUCGAAGCACUCCAUGUCGAACGCUGGGCAUUUGACGUAGAAAUGCUUUACAUUGCACAGAGUUUCAACAUUCCCGUGACUGAAAUAGCAGUUAACUGGACAGAGAUCGAAGGCUCCAAGAUAAUACCGUUUUGGAGCUGGUUGCAAAUGGGUAGAGACCUAUUCUUUAUUUGGCUUAGAUAUAGAAUCGGAGCAUGGAAGAUAAAUAAACCUAAAACCUAAAAACUUAAUAUUAUAUGCAUAAAGUCUGUCUAAAGAUUUCGA